AACAAAAGAAAAACAAAGGAACAUCGCUCCCUUCCCUUCCUUGGGUAGUGCCUGGGCCUCAGACUUUUUUAAGCUCUUACCAAGUGCAGUCAUGGCUAGUCCAAGCUCUUCAAGCAGUGUAAGUGAUAGUUCCUUAGGCGUUUCAGGAUCGCGGGUUUCUCGCAGCCCGUCUUUGUCAGCUUUGGAUCUGCCCCUCCGGGUACCACGCUCGUCUUCACCAGCCCCACGUGGUGAUCGAGCCCAUCUAUUGCGUAGAAGCCGCUCACGCUCGGUGCGUAGGAGCCGCUCACGCUCGGCACGUAGAAGCCGCUCACGCUCGGCGCGUAGAAGCCGCUCUCGCUCAGUACGAAGGGGCCACUCACGCCCUUCACGUAGAAGCCGGUCACAUUCGGCGCGUCGAGAUCGCUCCAGUUCGCCCAUCGCCCGUGGUAGCCGCUCCUUUUCCCGCGAUUUUCGGUCACCCGGCCGGGUGCGGCAUGGGCAGCCUGACGAUUCUUUUCACGUCGAAUUUUCAGUCGACAGGAAGUCAACGAAACGGCUGCGGAAGCUUUUAGCGUGUGGUGCCAGUUCAUCAGACUCAAGAGCCCUGAGAGAGCGUUACGAGCCAAAAUUUGGGAGUAGCUCCUUCCAGCUGAAAGCCCCAUCGCUAGACUCUUCGAUGAAGAGGCGACUGGUCGCGGUUCGAAAUGGGAAUAACGCGCGUUCUCAGACCACCAGGCUAAACGACCCAAUGGAGAAAUCGCUGACUGAAAUUCAGCUAAAGAUAAUGGAUGGCAUACGUCCCCUCCUUCAUUUAAAGAGUGAGCUGGAUCGCCUAGGUGCCAGUCGCAGCCUGAAACGGGCAGCUAGCACUGCCUUAAGUCUGGUGGGAAACGCCUUCUCGGAGGUAACGAAGAGACGAAGACUCAAUGUUUUGAGACAAACGGACGGCCGGUUUGUCUCCCUCUUGGAGGAGAAAGACCGGUUCUCAGUGAGGGAAGGCGGGGACCUAUUUGGCCGUCAUUUCCUCCGUUCGAUGGUGAGAACGGCGCGCGAAGAAGAGAAUUUGAGAAGUAUGAGCCGUUCCGGUGGUCAUAGUAUUCGGGCCCCAAGUAACUUCAAUCGUGGCCGGACGGCUUUUGGCGGGCGCGUCAACGGCAGAUUCCAUUCGAGUGGCAGAAGUGGAAUCUACCCGGGUAGUGGACCCAUCGACAACCAGCGCGGCAGUCAAAAGGGAGCUAGCGGAUCUGGUGCUAGUGACGCCCUACUGGCCGAGCCAAGUAUGGUUCCCUCUUGCCCUGGAGCUCACAAGCGACAUCCCGGUAAUUCUGCCUCCAACCGAUCGCCAGUUGACAUCGGCCACAGGCGAGACACAUCCGCAGAUCAAGUCGAGAUCCCUCAUCUUAGUCGCCUGGAGACUCUCGGGAAACGCUUCCGAGAGCAAGGCCUUUCGGAAGAAGUGGCGCAACUUCUGCUGGAUGGAAACCGUCAGUCCACAUCAGCUGCUUACGAAGCCGGAUGGGCAUUAUGGGGUGAUUGGUGCCGUCAAAAACAUUCGGAUCCCUUGUCGAAUGAUUUGAAUUCGAUUCUGCAAUUCUUGUCGGAGGCCUUCCUGAAGGGUAAAUCUUACAGUUCAGUGAAUAUCUUAAGGUCAAUGCUUUCAGUCACUUUGGAGCAAAUUAAUGGGAAAGGAGUCGGUAGCCACCCCCUCAUAAUUCGUCUAAUGAAAGGUAUUUUUUUAAAUAAGCCUCCUAAGCCGCGCUACGUAGCCACCUGGAACGUCGAUGGUGCGCUUAAAUUUGUCAGUGAUCUUGGGGAUAAUGCAAACCUCUCCUUGCUGGACCUCUCUAAGAAACUCGUAUUUCUUUUAUCGUUGUCAACCUUCGCCCGGGUCUCCGAGCUAGCCUCAAUUUCUAGGAACUCGGUCCAGUUUAGCGAGUGGGGAUCCACCUUCUCUCUAUCGAAGCUGCGUAAAUCGCAGCGCAGUGGAGCCUUGCCAGUGGUAAGAGUCGAGAAAUUUACAGGUGACCCCCGUUUAUGCCCGGUGACGUGCAUGAAAGACUAUAUCCAGGCAACAGACGGCCUGGUAGACGGCCGUUUCGGUGACGGACUCCUUAUCGCUUCGCGAAAGCCAUUUAAACCAAUUGGAGCCUCAACAGUGGCAAGAUGGAUUAAAUCUCUCCUAAAGGAGGCUGGAGUCGACGUAUCUACAUUUUCAGCACACUCAACUCGUGGAGCGGCGUCAUCUAAGGCCUUUAAUAAGGGUCUUUCGGUUGAAACCAUUCUUAAAACGGGCAAUUGGUCUACUGAAUCCGUUUUUUCCCGCUUCUAUAAGCGUGUCUCUAACUCAGAAUCGGUCGUAGACGUGGUCUUAUCAGUGACCAAUGACUGAAGUUGUGCGUCUAAGUCACAGUUAGAACGGAGCAUUUCUAAUUAUUGACAAUUAGAAAUUGCUCGAGGCCGCUUGCGGCCGUGGAGCAAUUGGAAUCGUUGAUAAUUUAAGAAUGCGACGUUUUAACUGGUUAAAACCCCACCCUAUCCCGCAGCCUACUAACACAAUUUUUCCUCACCACAGGAGUCAUUUUCGAGGGGGCUCCAGGAGAGGAUGGAACAGCUUCGGCUAAAAAGUCUGAGGCCCAGGCGCUACCCAAGGAAGGGAAGGGAGCGAUGUUCCUUUGUUUUUCUUUUGUUUUUCUUUUGUUUUUGCUUGGUAAUUAGCUGAAAAUACAAGGUCAACACA